AUGCGCAUUCUACAACAACAUUCAAUCACCAAAUCAGAGCUACAAGACGCUCAUGUCCAUCUGAAAAUGUUUCAUCGCGAGUUUGAAGAGAUAUAUGUUCAGCGACGUGAAGAUCGAAUUCACUUUGUACGUCCUUGUCUGCAUGCCCUCCUUCACAUGGCCAGUGAGACGGUUCGGGUUGGCCCUUGUCCCUUGUACUCAACAUGGACCAUGGAGCGAGUCAUUGGUGACUUAGGUGGAGAGAUCAGGCAGCCAUCCAACCCCUACAAGAAUUUAUCUGAACGGGGCCUGUGA